UAUUUUUCCAUGCAUUACUGCUGAAAAGCCAUAUAUAUAUAAGCUCACUGGAGCAAGAAAUCAACGAGCUAGAAGAAAAACAAACUGUAGCUCUCUUCAACCACAACCAAAACUAUUCUCAAUGGCAGAAGUAACCAAAGGCAGAGCCACAAAGUAUGCAGUAGUUACAGGGGCAAACAAAGGUAUUGGAUUUGAAAUAUGCAGGCAGCUAGCUUCUCAUGGGGUCAUGGUGAUUUUGACUGCUAGAAAUGAGAAGAGAGGGCUUGAAGCUGUGGAGAAACUCAAAGGGUUUGGUUUGGAUGAAAAUGUGGUGUUUAAGCAGCAUGAUGUUGUGGAUCCUUCCAGUAUUGCUUCUUUGGCAGAAUUCAUGAAGACCCAAUUUGGCAGGCUUGAUAUCUUGGUGAACAAUGCAGGAAUAGCUGGAGUAAAUGCAGAUGCUGAUGCCUUAAAAGCUAAACAAGAGUCCAGUGGGACAGGAGGAUCUCAAGUCAAUUGGAAUGACAUAUUGACUCAGUCAUAUGAGUUGGCAAAGGAGUGUCUUGAAACAAACUAUUAUGGUGUGAAAAGACUGACCAAAACGUUCAUUCCCCUCCUCCAAUUAUCUAAGUCGCCAAGGAUCGUGAACGUUUCUUCCUCCAUGGGAAAGCUGAAGAACCUGAAACAUGAAUGGGCUAAAGGAAUAUUAAGUGACAGCGAAAACCUGACAGAAGAGAAAAUAGAAGAGGUGAUAGGUCAAUACCUGAAGGACUUUAAAGAAGAUUCCGUUCAAGCCAAGGGCUGGCCUUCUUUCAUGUCAGCUUACAUUCUCUCUAAAGCCGCAAUGAACGCUUACUCGAGGGUCAUGGCAAAGAAGCAUCCAUCUGUACAGAUCAAUUGCGUCUGCCCUGGUUUUGUGAAAACAGAUAUCAAUUUCAACCGUGGGAUAUUGUCUAUUGAAGAAGGCGCGGAAAGUCCUGUAAGGCUAGCUCUGCAGCCUGAUGACAGCCCUUCUGGUUUGUUCUUUGAUCGGAAAGAAGUCUCAUCAUUCGAAUGAGAGCAUGUUGUUCAUUGUAAACGCGGAGCUAAUGGUAUAGCGGCUAGAAUAGCAUGCACUAAUAAUAUCAAUGACAUGCAAUUGUGUGUUGUACCUGAUACUUUGAGGGAUAUGUUCUUUUCUAAUGAUGUGCUGAACUUGAAAAUUGGAAUAUGGCAAUGAUAAAAAGAAAAAAAUGAGGAUUGGCUA